AAUUUAUACAAAUCAUCCACUUGUGUUAGCCUGCAAACACUUUGAGAAUGUGGUCCAACUUAUCCAAAUACAUUUGAAAUUGCAAGAAGUGUUCACUUUCUAAGAACAAGGUGGAACAAAUAAUAAUUGUAAAAUUUCCUAAGAAUGAUCGAUAACAGCUUAUUAAAAGUAGGCGUUAUUGAGGCCAGCCUUGUUGCACAGUGGUUAAGUUCGCGUGCUCCACUUGGCAACAGAUGUUAGCUCAGGGUCAAUCAUCCUCACCAAAAAACAAAGGCAUUAUUCUAAUGAUACCAUCAUCUCUCACUGCUGUGGGAUCCCUCCACUCUCUUAGCUUAGAUCCACAAAUGGAAAGACACAGAGGAGAGUGUGGUUGAUAUAGUAUGAACCACCUCUAAAAAGUAGGUCACUGUCUUUAUUCUCUCCCUGACACUCAAGCAAGGAUCACAUCACAUUAUGGAAGAUGAAUAAGCUGUAGAGAAUUGCUGUACAAUAUUGUAGCUAUACAGUUUCAUGCACUUAAAAUCUUGUUAAGAAGGUAGGUCUCAUGUUUAAGUGUUUUUAUCUCAAUAAAAGAAAGUAAAGAUAUUCUUUGAGAUUAGGAUUUACAUAUUGUUUCAAUGUGUUUCCCAGUCAUAAAUUUUAAUUAUCUUAAAAUAAUUGUUAAUCAAACAAUCUGAUUAGUAUAAAGAAAUCGCAAUAAUGAGCUAUCUACGUGGAACAAUCUGCAAUUUUAAGAAAUUCAAUGUAAAACUGCCCACAGCAAGGAAAAUGACUCAUGCCAGAGAAACAUUGCAAUAAGAAACUGAAUGACAUCCUUUUAUUCAGAAAAGCAAGACCUCUUGAAGUCACCAGAAUAUUUGCUAAUAUGAAUACUGAAUUUGUGAACAAUAAGUCCUCAAUGGCUGGAGCCAUGUCUUCCUUAUCUUUGUAUAUAAUGCUUCAGACAAUUCCAGACAUUCAAUAAAUUUGUGUGGAAUAAAAAAUAAUGAUAAAAUUUAAAAACUAUAAUAAAUCAAUAAAAUAAAAUAUGCUAUGGAAUUUUAACUACUGAACAUAAAUGAUAUUAUUUUCAAAAGUAGAUUUAUAGGGAAAGAAUUAUUGAAUAACUUUGCAUGUGAUAAUUUGGUUUGAUCGUGAAACUGAAGGCAAUCUCAAAAAUUGGGACAACUCAACAAAUUGUAAACACUGCAACCACAGGAGGAACAAUCUGAAUUGCGUUCUUAGUGCUUAGAAAGAAAACAAAUUAAAUAGCCAAACAUUUUCAUAUGGAGUAGCUUGAAAACAAAGUGAGAGAAAGAAGGUGACUCAAUGGAGCUGAAAAACUGCACCAGGGUCAAAGAAUUUAUUUUCCUUGACCUAACCCAGAAUCAAGAACUGAACUGGGUCUUAUUCCUUUUCCCGCUUUGGGUGUAUGUGACAACUCUGCUGGGAAACCUCCUCAUCACGGUCACGGUGACCUGUGAAUCUCGCCUUCACACCCCCAUGUAUUUUUUGCUCCAGAAUUUGUCUGUUGCCGACAUCUGCUUUUCCUCCAUCACAGCUCCCAAGGUUCUGGUGGACCUUCUGUCAGAGAGAAAGACCAUCUCCUUCAAUGGCUGCUUCACCCAGAUGUUUUUCUUCCACCUCAUUGGAGGGGUGGAUGUAUGUUCUUUGUCGGUGAUGGCAUUUGAUCGCUAUGUGGCCAUCUCCAAGCCCCUGCACUACGUGACCAUCAUGAGCAGAGGGCGAUGCACUGCCCUCAUUGUAGCCUGCUGGCUGGGGGGCUUUGUCCACUCCAUCGUGCAGAUUUCCCUGUUGCUGCCCCUCCCCUUCUGUGGACCCAAUGUUCUUGAUACUUUCUACUGUGAUGUCCCCCAGGUCCUCAAACUCGCUCAUACUGACAUUUGUGUGCUUGAGCUACUGAUGAUUUCCAAUAGUGGGCUGCUCACCACACUGUGGUUUAUCUUCCUGCUUGUGUCCUACACAGUCAUCCUAAUGACGCUGAGGUCUCAGGCAGGGGAGGGCAGGAGGAAAGCCAUCUCCACCUGCACCUCACACAUCACUGUGGUGACCUUGCACUUUGUGCCCUGUAUCUAUGUCUAUGCCCGGCCCUUCAAUGCCCUCCCCACAGAUAAGGCCAUCUCCGUCACCUUCACUGUCAUCUCCCCUCUGCUGAACCCCUUGAUCUACACUCUGAGGAACCAGGAGAUGAAGUCAGCCAUCAGGAAACUGAGAAGAAGAUGUGUGCCUUCUGAGAGUGGUGGAAUAGAAUAA